AUGGAAUACCAAAUAUUCCUGUUGAUUUUGGUUUUUGCUUUCAUCCCAAGAACCAUUUUGGGACUUAAUGUUACAACAGGAAAAAUUGUGGUUGAUGGAACUACAAAAAUAGCAGAAACAGAUGAGAAUUUCAUUUGUUUCACUUUGGACAUUUGGCCUCAUGAUGAGUGUAGUCAACCCAACCUUUGUGUUUGGGAUGGUCAUGCAUCAAUGCUCAAUAUGGAUUUGUCUCUUCCUAUUCUUAACAAAGCUGUUCAAGCUUUCAAGACAUUAAGAAUUAGAGUAGGAGGUACCUUACAAGACAGGUUGAUUUACAAUAUUGGUGAUGGUUUCAAGGGAAAUUGUAACCCAUUUGAAGCCCAUAAAGGUUUACUAUUCGACUUCACAGAAGGGUGUUUGUACAUGGAAAGGUGGGAUGAUUUGAACAACUUUUUCAACAAUACAGGGGCCAUCGUAACUUUUGGCCUAAAUGCUCUACUGGGUAAGUACAACACAAAAGGAAUACAAUGGGAAGGCAAUUGGAACUACAGUAAUGCUGAAGCCCUUAUUAAAUAUACAGUGGAGAAGAAAUAUAAUAUAAAUUCAUGGGAGUUUGGCAAUGAAUUGGCUGGACCAAACAGUAUUGGUGCUAGCGUUAGUGCUUCACAAUAUGCAAAAGACCUACUGAAGCUUCGACAAAUCAUAGAUCGUCUGUACAAGAAUUCCCAACAAAAACCUUUGAUUGUUGCACCUGGUGCAUUCUUUGAUGACAAAUGGUACGAUGAACUUGUUACAAAAACUGGAUCAAAUGUUGUUAGUGCUCUCACUCACCAUAUAUAUAACAUGGGUGCAGGUGAUGACCCCAAAUUGAUUUAUAGAUUUGUUAAUCCAACAUACCUAAGUCAAGUAUCAAACACAUUUAGACAACUAAAGAACAUAAUUGAAAAGCAUGCCCCUUGGGCUUCUGCUUGGGUUGGUGAAGCUGGUGGAGCCUAUCAUGGUGGCGGUCUUCAUAUUUCUGAUACAUUUAUCAAUAGUUUUUGGUAUCUAGAUCAACUUGGGAUGGCUGCUUCCUACAAUACCAAAGUAUAUUGUAGGCAAACUUUGGUUGGUGGAUACUACGGUGUCCUUAGAACUAAAACUUUUAUUCCUACACCAGACUACUAUGGUGCGCUUCUCUUCCACCGACUUAUGGGCUCAAGUGUUCUCAAAGUUGAUAAUAAUGUCUCUUCUUAUCUCCGCACCUAUGCUCAUUGCUCCAGAGGAAGAUCUGGUGUAACCAUGCUUUUCAUCAAUUUGAGCAAUACAACAGAGUUCACAAUAAAUAUUGAAAACCAUAUGAACUUGAGUUUACACAAAAGCAAGCCCAAGCAUAGUUCAUCAAAGAAUGUGGGAACACAAAGGGAGGAAUAUCAUUUGACCCCACAAAAUGGUCUUCUUAGAAGUUCUACGGUGCUUCUGAAUGGAAAAGCAUUGGAGCUUACAAAUGAAGGAGAAGUGCCAGAUCUUACACCUGUCUACAGAGACAGUAACUCUUCCAUAAGUAUUCCUAAUUGGUCUAUUGCUUUCAUUGUCAUCCCUGACUUUGUAGCUAUUGGUUGCAACUGA